CAUGGAUGUAAAAAACAUAUUUACAAGUGACUUGUUGCUAGAUCCUGGAGUUUCCUUCAUGGAGGCAAAGCAAAUGGGUCUGUCCUUUUUGAAGGGAACAGGUCCCAUCCCCAGAGAAAUGUCCUUCCCCGUCCCGAAAGGAGCAUCCUGGCAUGACCUCUACGAUCACAUUAAGUUUCCUUCAGAUGGCACCAAGUUACCUUAUGAUUCCAUUCAAAAGGAAAACUCUGAUCCAGAGACUAGUAAGUCAUAAAAACGCCGUCCUUCACUUUCUCCUUUUUUUUUUCUUCUUUUGUGUGCUCGCACAGUAAAUAUGACUUUUUGAGCAAUAAAAUAUAAUGACUUUGAAUGUACUUUAUUGAAAGAAUUGCUGAUCUUUUGGAUGUAGUUGUAUGUAUUCUUGCUUUUUCUUCAAACUAAACCUAUUUUUGAAAUUAUUCUG